AUGGUGGCUCUCAAGCAAUCCGUGGUGUUCGCACUCAUUGCGUCCGUCCUCGGCGCGUCGGUUCCCAAGGUGCCCCAGCUGUCCGACUUCACUCCCGCGCAGAUCGAGAACGGCAAGGCUCUCAGUGAGUUGGCCAAGCUGGCUUACAAGAACACGGAUCCCAAGAUCCGCUGCAAGGGCGGUAGCUUACUGAUACCUCUCAGGAGAACUCUUUCCAAGAAAGAGCGCAAGGAGUACAUCGCGGCCGUGCAGUGCCUCCGCACGAAGCCCAGUCUGCUCGGCCCCGCCACCGCCCCCGGCGCCAAGUCCCUGUUUGACGAUUUCGUGGCCAUCCAUCUCAUGCAGACCAUGAACAUCCAUCUCUCGGGCAUCUUCCUGACCUGGCACCGCUACUACACCUGGGCGUACGAAGAGAAACUCCGCACCGAGUGCAACUACCGCGGCACGGUGCCCUACUGGGAAUGGGGCCUUGACAUCGCAGACCCUGCCGCGUCGCCCGUGUUCGACGGGUCGGACACCUCGCUCGGCGGCAACGGCGACGCGAUCCCGCACGAGGGCCUCAUCCUCACGGAGCCCUUCAACGCGGAGGCGCUGAUCCCCCUCCCCGCCGGCUCGGGCGGCGGCUGCGUCACCACGGGGCCCUUCGCCAACAUGACGGUGCACAUCGGCCCCGUGGCGCUGGCUCAGUAUGGCACGACGGAUUCGGUUAGUUCCGAGAAUCCGCUUGGUGAUAAUUCGCGUUGUCUGAAGAGGGAUUUGAAUGCCGGCGUGGCGAGCCGGUAUACGAGUUUCUUGAACACGACGACCCUCAUUCUGGAGAACCCCGGGAUUGAGCGCUUUCAGGGCGUUAUGCAGGGUGACCCGCGCUAUGUGAGGGGUGAGCUGGGUGUGCAUGGCGGUGGCCACUUUACUAUUGGUGGUGACCCCGGUGCUGAUCCCUUCAUCUCGUCUGGGGAUCCGGCGUUCUUCUUGCAUCACUCGCAGAUUGAUCGGGUUUACUGGAUUUGGCAGAUGCUGGACUUGGAGAAGCGUAAGGAUGUCUUUGGAACGCAGACGUUCCUUGACAUGCCCCCGAGCCCGAACGUUACUCUCGACGACAUUAUUGAUAUCUCGCCUCUUGCACCGCCGAUCCGACUCGGAGACUUGAUGAACACCGUUGGCGGCUCGCCGUUCUGCUACGUCUAUCUGUGA